AUGCAUGCGUACAUCUCUACAUCUGCCCUGUGGAGCGGAACUGAACUGUGGUGGCUAGAGGAGAGGUUGGUUCCAGCUUCAGAUCUCCAGUAGCUCUCUCCACCCAGCCAGUCAGUAGCACUUUCCCCCCCCAGCCAGUAAGUAGCUCUUUCCCCUCCAGCCAGUCAGUAGAUCUUUCCCCUCCAGCCAGUCAGUAGAUCUUUCCCCUCCAGCCAGUCAGUAGCUCUCUUCCCUCCAGCCAGUCAGCCUGAAGUUGGACACAUCAUCCCACCACCCCACAUCCACAACAUGAGCGGAAAACGGAAACUGAGUGAGUAGCCUACGAUGUGUGGAGUACCACUUCAGUGUGUUUGUGUGUUUGUGUGUGUGUGUGUGUGUGUGUGUGUGUGUAAAGUGACGAUUCACGUUAAUCAUAAACUAAAUGUACCUCUAUUACGAUUAUGUCACGCUGGUGACAGGAGUACGCACCUGCUAUUCCUCUCAUUAGUCUCAUGAAAAUAAAGCGAUAGACAGUAUAACACAAAAUAUCUACAGUGUCUAUCUCUACAUCUUUCUUUUUUAGACUGACCUAGAUAAGGCUUUCUAACUGCUAAAUAAAUGAAUAGGGACAUGGUAAAUAAUGCACUUCUCCUGAUCUAGCCUGCUCUAAGGCUGUGCUAAAUCUACACCAUUACAAUAACAUGAGUCAUGAUGACUAUAGACCACGUAUCAGGGACAUGCAUGACUCAACACCAUAGAAAUCAUAUACUGCAUUAUAAUGUACAGGUUAUAUAUGAUAGGCUAUAUUCCUGACAUAUACCUCAGCCUGGUUUAAUGGAGAACAUUUCUGAUGACGUUUUUUUCUGUACUUCACUGACGGAAAGAGGUGAAACUGUGAAAAUACCACACUCACACACAAGCGAAUGCGUGCACGCUCUCAAACACAAACACAUACACACACACACACACACACACACACACACACAAGAACUGCAGCAGCAGCACACACAAGAAACACGUCAGUUUCAUCUGUUAUCUGUCCUCUUUGAAUGUGCUCUUUACUCCACAGAGUAGAUAGACAGUAGAUAAGAUGUCACAGCUGCAAAGGUUAUGGUACAAAAUUAUCCUUCACUGUCUGGCCAGUGUGACCACUGCCUCUUUGAGGACAAAGUAAAGACCAGUAGCUUCUUUCUCAUCUCCUGUCCACAGUACAGCACUGGCUGCCCUGUUCUGUCCGUAUCAGAGUCUGUUUUAUAUUUAGCUCUGGUGGUUCUGUACCUAUCAGAGUCUUCUCAGUAAAUGGUCUGGACAGAACCACACAAUAGUCUAGAGAAAGUGCAGAGAACAACGGUUAUUACUGUGAAAGUUAGUAGCCUACUGUAGCCUACCUUUCUAGAAUCACAGGUAUCCAAAAGCAGGCAAAGCAUCACUUUUUUGCUCAAUAAUCAGUACAGACAGUGCCUUCAGAAAAUAUUCAUACCCCUUGACUUAUUCCACAUUUUGUUGCGUUACAGCCUGAAUUCAAAAUUGAUUAAAUAUGUUUUUUCUCACCCCUCCACACACAAUACCCCAUAAUGACAAAGUGAAAACAUGUUUUUAGAAAUUGUAGCAAAUGUAUUGAAAAUGAAACACAGAAAUAUCUCCCUUUUUCCACAUUUUGUUACGUUAGUCUUAUUCUAAAAUGGAUUAAAUAAAUAAAAACCCUCAUCAAUCUACACACAAUACCCAAUAAUGACAAAGCGAAAACAGGUUUUUAGAAAUGUUUGCAAAUUUAUAAAACCUAAAAAACAGAAAUACCUUAUUUACAUAAGUAUUCAGACCAUUUGCUUUGAGACUCAAAAUUGAGCUCAGGUGCAUCCUGUUUCCAUUGAUCAUCCUUGAGAUGUUUCUACAACUUGAUUGGAGUCCACCUGUGGUAAAUUCAAUUGAUUGGACAUGAUAUGGAAAGGCACGCACACACUUGUCUAUAUAAGGUCCCACAGUUGACAGUGCAUGUCAGAGCAAAAACCAAGCCAUGAGGUCGAAGGAAUUGUCGGUAGAGCUCAGAGAAAACAUUUCUGCAGCAUUGAAGGUCCCCAAGAACACAGUGGCCUCCAUCAUUCUUAAAUGGAAGAAGUUUGGAACCACCAAGACUCUUCCUAGAGCUGAACGCACGGCCAAACUGAGCAAUCGGGGGAGAAGGGCCUUGGUCAGGGAGGUGACCAAGAACCCGAUGGUCACUCUGACAGAGCUCCAAAGUUCCUCUGUGGAGAUGGGAGAACAUUCCAGAAGGACAACCAUCUCUGCAGCACUCCACCAAUCAGGCCUUUAUGGUAAAGUGGUUAGACGGAAGCCACUCCUCAGUAAAAGGCACAUGACAGCCUGCUUGGAGUUUGCCAAAAGGCACCUAAAGGACUCUCAGACAAUGAGAAACAAGAUUCUCUGGUCUGAUGAAACCAAGAUUGAACUCUAUGGCCUGAAUGCCAAGCGUCACGUCUGGAGGAAACCUGGCACCAUCCCUACGGUGAAGCAUGGUGGUGGCAGCAUCAUGCUGUGGAGAUGUUUUUCAGCAGCAGGGACUGGGAGACUAGUCAGGAUCGAGGGAAAGAUGAACAGAGCAAAGUACAGAGAGAUCCUUGAUGAAAACCUGCUCCAAAGUGCUCAGAACCUUAGACUGGGGCGAAGGUUCACCUUCUAACAGGACAACGACUCUAAGCACACAGCCAAGACAACGCAGGAGUGGCUUCGGGACAAGUCUCUGAAUGUCCUUGAGUGGCCCAGCCAGAGCCCGGACUUGAACCAAAUCGUUAAUCUCUGGAGAGACCUGAAAAUAGCUGUGCAGUGCAGCUCCCCAUCCAACCUGAAAGAGCUUGAGAGGAUCUGCAGAGAAUAAUGGGAGAAACUCCCCAAAUACAGGUGUGCCAAGCUUGUAGCAUCAUACCUAAGAAGACUCUAGGCUGUAAUCACUGCCAAAGUUGCUUCAACAAAGCACUGAGUAAAGGGUCUGAUAUUUCUGUUCUUUUUUUUUUAAUGCUUUUGCUAAAAAAUCUAAAAACCUGUUUUUGCUUCGUCAUUAUGGGGUACAGCCGUGAGUCUUUCUGGGUAAGUCUCUAAGAGCUUUGCACAUCUGGAUUGUAAAAUAUUUGCCACUUAUUAUUUUUGAAAUUCUUCAAGCUCUGUGAAAUUGUUUGUUGAUCAUUGCUAGACAACCAUUUUCAAGUCUUGUCAUAGAUUUUCAAGCAGAUUUAAGUCCAAAUUGUAACUCUGCCACUCAGGGACUUUCACUGUCUUCUUGGUAAGCAACUCCAGUGUACAUUUGGCCUUGUGUUUUAGGUUAUUGUCCUGCUGAAAGGUGAAUUCAUUUCCCAGUGUCUGGUGGAAAAAACAGGAUUUUGCAUGUGCUUAGCUCCAUUCUGUUUCUUUUGUUAUCCUGAAAACCUCCCCUUAAUGAUUACAAUCAUACCCAUAACAUGACGCUGCCACCACUAUGCUUGAAAAUAUGUAGAGUGGUACUCAGUAAAGUGUUGUAUUGGAUUUGCCCCAAACAUAACAUUUUUGUAUUCAGGUGAAAAAGUUAAUUGCUUUGCCGCAUUGUUUGCUGUAUUACUUUAGUCAUGUGCCUUGUUGCAAACAGGAUGCAUGUUUUGGAAUAUUUGUAUUUUGUACAGGCAUCCUUCUUUUCACUCUGUCAUUAAGGUUAGUAUUGUGGAGUAACUACAAUGUUGUUGAUCCAUCCUCAGUUUUUUCCUAUCACAGCCAUUAAACUCUGUAACUGUUUUAAACUCACCAUUGGCCUCGUGGGGAAAUCCCUAAACAGUUUCCUUCCUCUCCAGCAAGUUAGAAGGGACGCCUGUAUCUUUGUAGUAAUUAGGUGUAUUGAUACACCAGCCAAAGUGUAAAUAAUAACUUCACAAUGCUCAAAGAGAUAUUCAAUGUCUGCUUUUUUUUUUUUUACCCAUUGGAAAACCUCCCUGGUCUUUGUCGUUUAAUCUGUGUUUGGAAUUCACUGCUCAACUGAGGGACCUUACAGAUAAGUGUAUGUGUUGGGUACAGAGAUGAGGUAGUCAUUCAAAAAUCAUGUUAAACACUAUUAUUGCACACAGAGAGUCCAUGCAACUUAGUAUGUGACUUGUUAAGCAAAUUUUACUCCUGAACUUAUUUAGGCUUGCCAUGACAAAGGUGUUGAAUACUUAUUGACUCAAGCCAUUUCAGCUUUACAUUUUUGAUUAAUUUAUUUAAAAAACAUGAUUCCACUUUGACAUUAUGGGAUAACGUGUGUAGGCCAGUAACAAAAAACAACAACAUUUAAUCAAUUUUAAAUUCAGGCUGUAACACAACAGAAUGUGGAAAAAGUCAAUGGGUGUGAAUACUUUCUGAAUGCACUGUAUUAGGCCUACAUUCCCCAUCACCAAUGCAUCAUCAUCAUCAGUACUGACUCAGUCUCAACUGCUCCAUACAAACUAAAUAGGUUGCCGGGUCCUCUAUCUUAACACAUUAUCAUCCUCAAUAUUCAAUAAUUCAAUUUAAAGCCCCCAUGCAGUCUUUAAAAUUGUAUUUUUAAAUCAACACUGUAUGUUUAAUAAAUCACUGUGUGUGUUUACUUCAUGAAAAUAUUUUUUAUAAUUUCUUUCCCUGAGCCUCCUUUUGCCAUUGAAAUGCUCGUGUGGGUAUGUUUAUAUGCAAAUAAAAGAUGACUGGUCAUUGGUCAGAAUAAUCAGAUCAGAUUGUGAUGUCAUGCUGUGGGCCAAAAACCCCAUCCCACCUGAACAGGCUGAAAUUCCAGCAAUUUUCUUUUACACUAAAAGGGCAGUUAUUACGACCUCAUAGCGUGGAAAUAGCGUGGAAACUGCCCCUUUAAAGAAUUGUUUCAAAAAGUUAGCUCAUACCCCCUCAGACAAGUUGUUUCCAUUCUUGCCCAGUGUUUAUGUAUUGUUCCCCUGAGGGGCUGUUCUGGAUCUUCCACCAACUCUGAAUCUGACCAUAUUAUACAGUUAGCUUUGAACAGCUGGAGGUCUAUGAAAAAGAACCAGGCAUAGGCCUUCACCUCCUGCAGUCCAACAACUCAGCCCAAGGGGUCAAUACAUUACAUUCCAAACAUUCUAGAACAUACUCAACAUUCUAGAACACUUCAAACAGUUUAUGUGAUGAAAUGAAACAAAACAGACUAUACAGAAGAGAACAGACAUAUUACUAAGAGCAUACCAGGGUAUUACUGUAAAUGUAUGACACAUUUUCUGUCUGUUUCUCCCCCUCCCUCAACAGGUUUCAAGUGGUUAGGGAGUCUCUCCAACCUCUCCUUUCGUCGCGGCUCAUCGUCAGACAAAUCCGACUCCAAGUCUUCUCCCUCCAAGCCUGACGGGGGCAGAGCUCUGGAUGUGGUAUCCUCCCCCGACGCCGUGGAGACAUCAGUUGACGACAUGGAUAUGACGCGUCCACGCACCUACAGCUACGCCCGCUCCAGCGACAACUACACCCACAUGGGCACCUUGCCCCGCCUCCUCCUCAGGAAGAGGGACAAGAGUGGGAAUUCUGGGAAAGGAGGAACCAAGAAGACCAAGGAGAAGACGGGGGCGGGGCUGGGCAGGAGUCAGAGCCAGCGGCAGGCAGGGGACCAUGUGUCUAGCUCUCCCCUUCUCACAGCUCUAUCCAGCCAGCCUGGCUCCAGACAGGACCAGAAUCUCUCACCUCUAUCCAGCCAGGCUGGUCCUGGUCCAAGGACCCAACAAGUCCAGGGGCUGCCUCCCAUCCCCAGAGGGGGAUCACUCAGUAAGAGUAAACACAGAGGCCCACAGGCCCACUGUGAGGGAGGAGAACCACAGGCCCACUGUGAGGGAGGAGACCCACAGAAAUGGCAGCUAAUGUCAGCUCAGGGUGUGGGGUCCACUACCUACUCUACCGCUUCCUCACUUGUUUGUGAUGACGUCCCUAAAGGAAACACAUUCACCACUGAUCAGGGUGUUCCAUCCCCAGAUACAGCAUCAACUGGUGGGGCCAGAAGGAAUCUUCCUCCUGUUCCUGGUCAGUCAGUUUCAAUCUCCUCACAGAGCCAGGUGACCAUCCCCACAGAGGAGCCAUCUCCAACCCCUAAGCUUCCUAUGAAAUCCCUGCAGCAGCCUGGGACCCAGGUCACCCAGCAUUGUGAGGAGGGCUUCCCCUGGGAGAGAGCUGAUAACCUGGGGACAGACAGUAACUCCAGCCCCCUGCCUGAGACGACCUCCUGUGGUUCUAGUAGAAGAGACCUUCAGAGGGAAACUCAGGCUGUUGAACCUGUGAACAGGUGA